AUGUCUGUUGUGAUUGGUCAACCACUGUACAUCAACUGUCCAGUCUCUGGAACUCCGCCUCCUCAGGUCACAUGGUAUAAAGAUGAUCAAGUGGUCUCCCCUGAAUUAGAUCCCAAUCUACGAAUCCAUGCCAAUGGUCGUCGUCUUGAGAUUGUUAGUGCUAAAGUGACAGAUAGGGGGCGCUAUCAGUGUGUAGGUGAAAACGUGGCUGGUGAAACAUUAAAGAAUUAUACUGUAGACGUUUAUGUUCCACCCAAGAUUAAUAAAGAAACCAUCAACUCCAACCCCAACGUAAUCGUCAAUACAACAGCAGUGGUAAAUUGUCCUGUAAGUGGUAUUCCUACACCAGAGAUAUUAUGGUAUCGUAACGGUGUGUUAUUAGAUAGUAAUAUAAAUCGUAGGUUUGAGAUUUUAGCUGAUGGUAGACAACUCCGGAUACACUCGGCUAAGGUGAAAGAUCGUGGACGCUAUACGUGUUCAUCACGGAACAGAGCUGGAGAAGAUUCAACAGACUUUAAUCUCACUGUUUGGGUUCCACCAUCUAUAGAAGGUCCUGUCGGGGUUUCGGAAGUGGCAGUAAAAGAAGAAGAAUCCAUUACUCUAUAUUGUAAUGUAACUGGUAUACCCCCACCUGAAAUAAUCUGGUCCAAAAAUAACGAUAUCAUUGACCCCCAGGAUGAAAACAUGGACAAUCUACGUAUUUUAUUGGACGGAAAGAUUUUAAAAGUUCUGGACGCCUCCACGGAUGAUACAGCACGAUAUAUCUGUCAAGUUAAAAACAAGGCUGGUGUGGCCGAGAAAUUUUAUAACCUAGAAGUUUUGGUCCCACCUAAAAUAAACGGGUCUGAUGAAUUACAAGUAGUUCCAGUAAUAAUGGACCAAUCAGUGAGAUUAGAAUGUCCAGCAGUUGGUAUUCCUACGCCAGUGAUACGCUGGUAUCGUCAAGGGAAACAGAUACCACUAUAUGGUCUACCUAAUGUUCGUAUUAUUGAAAAUGGACGUGUGUUGAUUAUUAUCAGUGCCCAGUUGUUAGAUUUCGGAGAUUAUAGUUGUCAGGUACAGAAUGAUGCUGGGAAAGAUAAACUGGAAUUUCUUGUUUCUAUUCUGGGUAAGUAA